CAGUGGGGGAGCAAGGGUGGCUGAGGAGUUGUAGAGAAGACGCGUGUCUGGGCUUGAGAGAGUGUUGAGCUGCUCCGCUCGCGAGCGGUGUGCUUCCGGUGUGCGUGUCUGCCGUGCCCCUGUACUGUGCCUGAUUAACUAGCUGUUCUGUGCCCUUGAAAGUUGCUGUACUCUGUGAGGAACCUGUCAUUAAACUAGAACUUAGUGUUCAACGUGUAUCCUUUGUGCCCUGCCCCGUUCCUGCUCCCCUCGGUGUUCUGUGUGGGCCGCUGUGAGUGACUGGUGCCCGUGUGGCUGUUCUGGUGGGGAUCACGCCGCCUGCCUGCCCGUGGAUGGUUGUGGUAGGGGGUGGCGUAACAUUUGGUGUCAAAGGAGUGGGAUAAGUGAACAGUGAAGCGCGCCGAGUGUCAUGGCGUCCCCCAAUGGUCGCCGUGAGGGUGAGGAGACGGGCAAGGCCGAGGCUGACGCGGGUGAGGUGAAGCCGGGCCAGAUGGACUUGUUCGCUGCCAUGCUGGCCGAGAUGGAAAAGAGGGCAGAAGAGAGGGCACGCGAGCAGGCUCAGAGGGCAGACGAGAGGGCACGCCAUCUAGCCGAGGUCCUCCAGAGCUGUUUCUCGUCGCUGAAGGUGGAAACCCAGCAGUACACCGACCAGGGCUGCGAUAGCGCGAGGAGUGAACGGCUGGAGGAGGUGCGGACCCAGGAAGGCGAGGUCCGAGGCCUGAGGGAGGCGGAGACGCAGCUGCGAGAGGUGGCACCGUCGCACGCGGAGGAAGAAGGCUCAGUUCUGGCAGGAAGCCCCGGGGCGGCGGUCCUGCAGGGGCCUAUCUGGGGCUCCUGGCAAGGACUCCUGGAGCCUGGUAGCGUCGUGGCGGAACCAAUAGCUGCCGCAGGAGGUUGGGGAGCCCCCGCCUCGUUGCCUCCCUCACCCCCUCCCUCUCCUCCAUGCCAGCCGGCUCGCAGGUCACGUGUGCUGGCGACGGACGCUUGGGUGGCGGACUGGCGGGGCUCCGCGUGGGGCCCCUGGCAAGGGCCCCUGAAGCCUGGUGGCGUCGUGGCGGAGCCGGUGGAGGCUGCAGGAGGCUGGGGAGCCGUCGGAGCCGCUCCCUUGGGCCCAGCUGGUGCUGGAGUCGGACCCAUUAACCCUGCCUCGUUGCCUCUCUCACCGCCUCCCUCUCCGCCAUGCCGGCCGGCUUGCAGCCCACGUGGUCCGCCCGCUCCUCUCUGCGGCCCCUCGGCCUCCCCGCGCUCAGGGAGGCUUAAGCCAGCGGGGCACGACGGGAAGUUGGCGUGGAAGGCCCAGUUCAAGAUGCCAGCUGCUGCCCAGAGCUGGGGCGAGGAUGAGAAGGCGCUGCUGCUGACGACAGCGCUACGGGGCUCAGUGGACGGGCCCGGCCGCUUGGUGGGGAGCGCCGAGAGGACCUUGGGGCGGCCUGACAUGCCGGCCGCUACACGACUCCAGGACGCUCCACAGAGGCUGUGUGGCGUCACGGGGCACUGCGUGCAGUCUGAGGGCCCAGUGGAGGCUCGUAUCGGCGUAGGCAGCGCUGUGGAGCGCCGGCCGAUGGACGUCGCCGAUCGAGACGAGCCGUGCGUGCUGGGCCUCGACUACCUGCCGCAGGGCGAGGCCUGUGCCGACCUUGGACGGGAGCUGGAGAGGCUGCGCGGACAGGCGCCUUUGCUCCCGAAGGUCGGCUGUGCAGAGGUAGUCGCGGCGGAGCGACUGCACCUUGCCCCGGGGACGGAGGCUAGGGUCCUGUGUUGCCGGUCGGACGCGAUGCCAGCGGAAGGCACGGUGGAGUCCACGGAGGGCCUGCAGCUGCCUGAUGGUGUGGCAGCCGGACGGAGUCUCGAAGGAGCGGGGGAGGAGUCAGUCACGGUGCUGGUGGCUAACUCCUCCGACGAGGCUCGGGAAGUACCCGCUGGUGCCAAGCUGGGCACCUGUGAAGAGGUGGAACAACAAGAGGAGGCGUCGGGGAGCGCGGAGUCGGCCGCUGUGAGGCCGCUGCCCGACUUCCUGGAGGAUUUGGCGCACCGGAGCGCCGCUAACCUGACGGAGGCGCAGACGGAGAAAAUGCGCCACACCCUGGCCCAGUACGCGGACGUGUUCAGCAGGGGUGACUUGGAUCUGGGCCGCACGGGGUUGGUGAAGCAUGGCAUCAACACGGGAAAUGGUGCGCCCACCAGGAGCCCGCCCCGACGUGUCGUGCCGGCCAGGCGGGAGGAACUGCAGCGCGCCGUCAACGAGCUGGCGGCGCAGGGGGUGAUGGAGCGGACAGAUAGUCCAUGGCCCUCAGCAGUCGUCCUGGAUAUUAAGAAGGACGGCACACAGCGCUUCUGUGCGGACUGCCGGGCGCUGAAGGACGAGACUGGCGAGGACGCUCACCCCCUGCCGUGGACCGACGACGCGCUGACGAGGGCCUUGGAGUUCGGGGCAUUGACGACGAUCAGCGGCCUAGCGGCGGCCGCCCCGCCCUGCCAUGACUUCCGGGGCCGGAUGGCGAAGGUGAAGAUGAAGGCAGCGUCGAUGAAGGCGAGCCCGGAGGGCCUCCGUGGCUCGUGCGGGGGCUGUGGCAAGAGGGGGCAUAGGUGCAGUCGGUGCCUGGGGGAGCGAAGGACGCGUUCCCUCGACCGGCUGAGCCCCGACGCCCUCCAGCCGCGCUGUAAGGACUGUGGCCAGUCAGGCCACCGCUUGAGUACCUGUCCCAGGUCCAGGGACGCGGCACGGGCGGGAAGCGCGGACGGGCUGGAGAAGGGAGUCGACUUCCAGCCGUCUCCCGCCCUCGGGCCCCGCCUUGAGUAAGCUGCCGCCGCCCGACCAGCGUGUUGCCAGUGGGUGGCUUAGCGGUUGUAGCCACGACGCGUGACAGUGGACACUGGGGGCUGAGGAGUGCUCGGCGCGGCCUGACCCGGGGUAGUGUGUGCUGCUGGAGGGGCCAGUGGAGGCUCGUAUCGGCGUAGGCAGCGCUGUGGAGCGCCGGCCGAUGGACGUCGCCGAUCGAGACGAGCCGUGCUUGCUGGGCCUCGACUACCUGACGCAGGCCAGUAAGGCUCGUGGUGGCCUCGGACGGGAGCUGGAGAGGGUGACCGGAAUGGUGCCCUUUGCUUCCAGGAGGUUUUCGAGCAUGGCUGCGUGGGGAGGUAGUCACGGCCGGGCGAGGGCACCUUGCCCCGAGGGUGGAGGCCAGGAGCCGGUGUCGACUGUCCCGAGCGUCACGUGGAGUGGAUGGCGUGGAAGAGCCCACUGAGGACUGGCGGCUGGUCGACGGCGUGGCUGACAGGCGGAGCCCCUUGGGGGCGCGAGAAGAGACUGUGGAGGACGUGGUGGAGGACAGACUGAUUUAUGUGUAUUGCAUGUAUUUUUCUGUGUUCAAUGUUCGGCCGGGAGCUCAGGCUACCGGUGGAUUUGGCCACGGGGCGGCCUCCCGACGUGAGCUUGCCCACCGUCACCUCUGGCUUCGCAGCGGCACUGCAGGAAAGCCUGGCUGAGGUGCACCGACGCGUACGGGGCAAGCUCAAGGUGGCAGGCCAGGCCAUGAAAUGAAGGAGACAUACGACCGGCGCAGGAGAGGACGUGAGCCCCAGCAGCAGCGAAGGGGACGUGUCAGAGGUCGACCAAGGGGCGAACGAGAACAUGGGCGGUGCGGGCGAAGCGGCAGAUGUCAGUGACGACCCUGAGCAAGGACUUGGGGCCGACGACGCCGCUCUGGGUGCCACCGCCUGCCUGCCGCCGCCCGCAUCCCAGCGGCGCCCUCGGCGAGAGAGGCGUCGGCCGGGAUGGUUAAGAGACUAGUGAUGUCCCAGGGGACUGAUUAGUUUGAUUAAUUUCAUGUUUUGUUUGUUGAAUGUUGGGGCAGCCGGGUCGACUGCCUUCUGAAGGGGGAGAUAGUGUUACGAAUGUGCUGUAUGUGAAUGAUUGUAUGUGUAAUGUGAUGAAAUUGUAGCAUGAUGCAAUGUUAGCUCAGCAUGGUGCAACUCUACUUGUUGGGACAAGAGAGACAGGAGGGGGCCAGGGCCGCCAGGCCGCCAGGCAGGAAGUGCUGAGUCGAGCAGUGGGGGAGCAAGGGUGGCUGAGGAGUUGUAGGGAGAAGACGCGUGUCUGGGCUUGAGAGAGUGUUGAGCUGCUCCGCUCGCGAGCGGUGUGCUUCCGGUGUGCGUGUCUGCCGUGCCCCUGUACUGUGCCUGAUUAACUAGCUGUUCUGUGCCCUUGAAAGUUGCUGUACUCUGUGAGGAACCUGUCAUUAAACUAGAACUUAGUGUUCAACGU